CCUCAUGUUUGGUCUGUUCAUCAGUUCCCAGAGCUCUCGCUUGUCUUCGCCUUCGUAUAUUGUGUGCGGUCAUAUAUCCUGCGAAUAACGUUGUACCAAAUAAAAACAAGGAUAUGCUUCUCUGUAGAUAAUCAGCAAACUUCAGUGCAGCCAUUGUUUUCAAACUUUUUGUAUAAUCUGAAUGUGAAUGAAUGGAAUGACCGUCUUGACCGAUAAAAAACCUUCCAAGUUGUUCCAACUUCCAACCACCAACUCAUGAGCAUUUCUGUACGUCAUGUUAUGUGUAAUAUAGUGGACCCAUGGACAUACAGUUCAAUAUGGCUGCAGUUUUAACAAAGAAUUUUCGUUUGUUAUCUGCUUUUCCAAGACAAUGCGGAGUGGUUUCUCGUUUUUUAAGUUCAGGUAUAUUGCACAAUUCGUAGAUUGUGUUAUUUACUUUAAUAAUCCUGUGAUAACAGUCAAUUUAACAUAAAAUUUGUUUGAAUUAUUUUCUCUAGAACGUUCACAAGGAACAAAGGUAACAAUUAAUACAUAACGGAAAGUUGCAAUUAUUAAUACAGUGCCGUAGCAAGCUGGAUAAUUGAGGGGGCUCAUAUUCAUAUAUCCGUGUUCACAGACCAUAAAAACAAUCGAUUUCAAAAGAAAUUUAAUUAAUAAUGCAGAACACGAAUAUAUGAAUACGGCACUGUAAUAUUAAGACGAUCAUACUAUAUACAGUGUGUAUCAAAAUAAUUCGAAUCCAAAUUUGACACACUGCUGUUUAUAAAAUACUAAAGUAAACCAUACAAUUUUUAUAUGGCAAUAAAGAAUAGCCUAUUAGGUUUUCCGAUUAUAUCGUUCUUAUAUCAAUAAGAUCAAAAAUGACCAAGAAAUCGUGUGUUAAAACUGGUUGCUCGAAAUCAAAUUUUUCCGCCGAUGGGAAUUCGAAGUGAGACGUACAAACAAAAGAUAAUGCAAAUUUAAUUAAUCAACAAACUGUUAUGUAGCAAAAUUUACAUAAAUUCGUGUUCAUUUAAAGAGAUUUAAGCUCCUAUGCCUUAAACAUGUUGAACGAGAAGAAAUUCGCGUUAAAUUUGCAUUUUAGUUUUCAGUGAUGAUUAGCAUUUCAAAGCCUUGUGGGAUUAACUUUGAAAGAAAAAAUGUCCAAUUCCCAUCGGCGGAAAAUUGUGAUUUUUAUGGACUUUUUUUGUCAAAGCAAUACUCCUUCAUUUUCCAACUAAAUGACGCGUACAGCAUGUCAUUUGAAAGAUAAAUAAAUGAACUUAACAAUGGUGUAAAAACCAACCGAAUUUGUCAAAUAUAUUCUGCGUUAUUACACGCCAAAUUUGGAUUCGAAUUAUUUUGAUACACACUGUACAGGGUGUCCCAAAAAAACACGAAAACUAUUGAAAUCACCAAUAACAAUUUAAUUGUUAGAAUUUGAAUGCCUUAGCGCUCUGUUGGUUCCCACGAGUGCAUAAAUGAUUGGCAUAAGUAAAUUUUAUGCAUAAAGAAACAGUUUAAGAAACUGUUUUUAAUUCCCAGGAGCAGAAAAUCGCGCACUUUACCAGGAGAUAUUCCUAACUAAAUUCUAAUACAUGCACCUUGUCAAUAUUUUACGCAUCAUUACGUCCAGCUGUUUGGUAAGGCAUUCAAAUUUAACAAUAAGUGAUUUCAAUAGUUUUCGUUUUUUUGGGACACCCUGUAGAAUACAGUGGCGGAAAUUCACUUUUUCCGGUGGGAGGCAAAACCUCCUAAAUUUCCGACAAAACUUUCAAACUCCCGACAAACCCCACCAUUUGCACUUGAAAAUGCUGUUUUUAGCCCUCUUGUAGGUCAAAAGUUCCGAAAAUUCGACAUUUUCCGUGAAGGUGGAGGGGCAGUCGACCCCCCACCAAGAUUUCUGCCACUGAUAGAAUAGUAUACAAAUACUGAAUAUUUAUGAGUGCAAUGAUAAAAGUAUUUUCAUAGUCAAACUCAAUAAUAAAAUUGUUCAAUAAUUAAUAUGGGGAAAAUCUAAAAAGUUGUUUAUAAAACAAUGCAUUUGCCUGCUAUGGUGACGUCACUCGCUGCGUACUAAUAAGUUCUACCAGAACUGCAAAAAUUCAUUGUUAUCUAAACAUUUUUUUAAGAUUUUUCCCAUAUUUAACAAUUGUAUUAAAAGUUUGACUAUUUUAGUCAAAUAUUUAACACACCUAGCUAUUGGGCUGCCUGUGGUGAAUAGCUAUAUACUGCCACCAACGCAACAGAAAUGAAAAUAUUUUUUACUAUUGCACAAAUUAAAACAUUCAUUAUUUGUUUUAUGUAACACCAAUAUAAAUCAAUGUUAGUGAUUUUUUAUUGAUCAAAUUGUAACAAAUACAUACCUGAGUGUAAUGUUUAAAAUUAAUAGAAGUCCAACAAAUAAAUGGUAUUCAUGUCAACUGUCUUAGAAAAUAAUAUUUUUAGUGAUUUUACACCCACUAUAUUGCUUUGUGAACACAUGUAUAUAAUGAUCAGAGUAUACUGAUAUUGCCUUAUUAAUUGUUGGCAUCCUUGUAUACAUGCAGUAAUGUAUUUCUAAUUAUUUUAAAGUUAAACUUUUAAAUUGCUGCUGUGUGUAUAGGAUUUAGGUUUUUUUCUAUUUCUAUUUUUCUAAAAAUAUACUUAGAUUUACAUAGUGAUGUAAAUAGUAAUGUAAAAGGAAGCUUUAGAAUGGCACAAUCAAUGAGUAAUUUGUAUGCAUGGAUUUGGCGAUUAUUAGAGACAUUAUUUAAGGAAAAUUAGGUGGAACUAAAUGAUUAGAUAAAAUGGUGACUGCCCAUAUUAACUUUAUCUCAACUAUAGGAAAGCUCAAAACUAAGAAGAUGUAUAUGCAUGUUUGUGAUGUGACUGUUUUGCAUUUUCGUGGGUGGAACAUGACUGACUGGCAACGUCAGUUGAAAUAAUCACCACAUGAUGCCGUUUACAGCCAUAAAGCAAUAACUAAACAAGUCCAGAUCUCAUGCCAGUACUGUAUGUUAUUGCUAAUAGUCCAGUGGAAAUUAACCUGCCCUUACUGUAUGUCGCACAUUGAUGACUUUUGUUCCUCGACGUUGCAAAUGUUCCAGCCGCUUGAUCAGCUCAACUGGCUGUGGCAACUAAACUUGGGUGGCGUAAUUUAGCCCGAAAUUGAGCGCACCAUUGUUAUAGGUAUAAUCAGGGUAUAAUGAGCGAUGCAUUCUUACAUCUUGAUCUCUGCUCUUCACACGAAAGUCUUGCAUGGCAUUAGCAAAAUUAAUUCAUAUUUAAAGCUUAUGAGUUAUGUCCAAAUAUAUUGACUGGAAACCAGUCCGGGUAAAAACCUAUGAGAAAUUUGCAUAAAACAAUGAUUGGAAUCACUAAAUUUAUACAUAACAAACAACCUAAUAAAAAUACGAGCACUGUAAUUUAAGUCUGGUGUAAGGUUUUAAAAAAUAAGUAUUAAAAGUAUAAAUUUUAAAAUAAAGAGUAAAGUAUACAGGUAAUGAUGUUAUGAUGCAUGUAUUAUAAUACUUCGUUUUAGGAACCACAGACAAUUGGUUUUAUUGGUCUGGGUAAUAUGGGUGGUCCUAUGGCAAAGAAUCUACUAACAAAUGGUCACAAGUUGCUGGUUAAUGAUGUUGUCAGCGCGUCUGUGAAAGAAUUACAAAAUGAAGGAGCUGAUGUUGGUGAUAACCCAGCGGAUAUUGCAUCCAAGACAUCCGUUAUUAUAACCAUGUUGCCUUCUAGGUAAAAAUAUUUAUAAACAAAUGUAUGACUAUAUACAGUAUGUACUGUGGGAGCAAUUCAACUUACCUAUAAUCCUUGAAAACUCAAACAAAACAGGCUGAACCCACUCAAUCAAACACAUUUUGUUGUUGUUUUUUUUUAUUAUAUUUUAGUCCAAAUGUGUCUGAAGUAUAUCUUGGCAAAAACGGAAUUAUUGAGUAAGGCUGUUUUUACUUUUUACUUUUUACUGCGACAUUUUUCUUCAUACUGUAAAUGCCAUUUGUUUAUCUCGGUUACCUUUUCUCCAGAGCUGUUCAAGAAGGUUCAUUGCUGAUAGAUAGCAGUACUAUUAAUCCCGAGGUUGCAAAAGAAGUAGCAUCCAAAGCGGAAGAGAAAGGUGCCACAUACUUGGACGCCCCUGUAUCUGGAGGUACACUGAACUAGACGAAAGUCAUGCGGCCCAACAUUUUAACACUGUAUUCUUUGCUUAUUUCACUUUAUUUGUUCCAUUCUAUAACUGAAAAAUGAUUUAAUACUAACAUCAUUGCCCCAGGUGUCAUUGCUUCACAAAAUGGAACUUUAUCAUUUCUGGUUGGUGGAAGCAAGACGGGAUUUGAAAGAGCAAAGCCAAUUCUUGAGUGCAUGGGCCAAAAUAUCUUCCAUUGUGGUGAAACUGCAACAGGACAGGUAGAGAAGUGUCUUAACUCUUAAACUCAUUCUGCAAUCAUCAUUAGUGUCAAAGUUCAAUUUUUCUGUUUGUCGAUUGGUUAAAUCCGUGUCACGUGCCGGUCCACAAAACGUCAUGUUCGGCAACCGGUCCGCAAUGAAACAUUUAUUGACCGGUCAAUAAUAAAAUGGGUGCAUUAGCAAUACGCAUGCGUGUCAACUGCGAAGUUCCAAAGUUCAUUUUUUAAACUUUUUACUGAACAUUUACGGCGUUCCAUUUAUCCAGUUUUGGUUUCAAAUUAAGUUCACUCCAAUAACCGAUGAAUUAUACAUACUUUGCCACUUAUCCCCGAGCCAACGGCGCGGAGCGCCGUUCCGGGCCCGGGGCGAGAGUACUAAUUCCGCCCGGCUAUUUACACCCGGGGAAAGGGAAGCAUUAGCGAAGUCUAAAGUUCAUCAAUGAUCGCGGUCGCAUGGUGUAUGGGUGGUCAUCUCACUGAUCUCAAAAUAUGGCUGUUUGCCAGGAGUGAAGAAGGCAAAAAUAUAAAAUAUACAUGUAAGAAAACUUGGAAAAUCGUUUCACAUAACAAAUUGUAAAACUUUUUUCACUUUUUAAACGUAAACAUUAAUUAAUAAGAAUUGAUUUAGUAUGAUAAAUCUUAAUAUGGCAAGUUUGAUUGAAUUGUUUAUGUAUGACUUAUACAUAUCGAUCUUGUUCUUGUUGUUCAAGUCUUUCCUAUGCGUUGUAUGCGAAAGUUUCUUAGUUAAAUUAACUUUUGUAGAAGUUUAUGAUAAAAAGGAAAGCAAAUUAUUUUCAUUAGCGUCCUGUACGAAUUAAAUUUGUUUCAUUUCAAAGUGCGAGUAAUAUUAAGUUGAAGCUCGAGUUGAAGAGUUUUAUAGUAUCGGCAAAACGCAGUUAAUUUCAAUUCACAUUUAAAAACGUUUUACGUAGAGUUUCGUUUUGAAUUUUACAUUAAAAUAAAGCUCAUAGAAAACAAAAUAAUAUGCCUACUUUAAAUAUUUUAGAAAUUGGUAGUUCUGUGUUUAAAAGUGUUCAAGUUUCAUCUAUUUUUUGCAUGUUUAUGCAAAAAAUUAAAAAAACAAUUAGUUAUCGUGUUGCCAUGAGGCCCAUGACACCAUAGAGAUUAUAAAUAACACUAGAGGAGGCAUCGAGUUUAAAAAUUGGGAACGCAGUUAAUGGGGGGCAAAUUCAAGUCCCGGAUAUAAAAUCGUGCUCUCAUUGGCUGAUUUGAAACUCGUCACCAAUGGGUGACUGAAUUAAGAUUACAUUGCCUCCUCUAGUGUUAUUUAUAAUCUCUAUGCAUGACACAGAAUACUACACAGAAGUCCAUCUCCGUUGCUUUUUGCGUAAGCUCUAUUCGUCAUGAUUCGUCACUCAACAAGUACCGUAAACAGAAACAGUUUAUAUAAAUAUUUUAUGCAGCCCUGACUUGCUGAGUGACGAAUCAUGACGAAUAGAGCUUACGCAAAAAGCAAUGGAGAUGGACUUCUGUGUAGUAUUCUGUGCCCAUGACUAACAUGACGUGAGCAACGCUAGCCUGCGUUCAGUGUUGGCGUAAUAACGAAUACUUCAUGUUGAGAAAAUGUUUGGAAAAUAUAGGCGAGGGGUUGUUGCAUGCAUGUAUUUCUAGUAUACUAGAUAACAAAACACUUAUUUACUGAGACCGAGGGAAACAGUGUGUUUUGUGGCCCCUCGACCGCCGUUGUUGCCUUCGGCUUCGCCUCGGGCAACAACGGCGGUCUCGGGUCCACAAAACACACUGUUUCCCUCGGUCUCAGUAAAUAAGUGAUAAAUGUUACUCGACUGUUAUUGCCUGCAUGUUUCCAAUACAGUUAAUCCCAGUUAAAACAUCAAAAUGCAGUUAAAACAUCACAGUGCAAAAUUUUAUUAUCACAGUACAAAAUCCUGUAACAAAGCAAUUUACUAUACGAAAACUGUGACUGUGACUGUGACAGGCUGCUCCAAAAAACGAUUAGCAUGCAGUCCAUAAACCUGUGAAGUAGGAAACAAAUUCGGAAUACAAGUUCCAUCUUGAAACUUACUCUUGCUCUACUUAAAUAUUAAGUUUCAAGACGGAACUUCUUCUGUUCGGAGUUUGUUUCCUACUUUGUUCAGUCCAUAUAUUUUGCGUUUGUAUUUUAAUUAGGCAGUGAAAAUAUGCAAUAACCUGCUAUUGGCAAUAUCAAUGAUUGGUACAUCAGAAGCUAUGAAUCUUGGUCAAAAUCUAGGCUUGGAUCCUAAACUACUUGCUGAAGUUAUAAGCAAAAGUACAGGGCGGUGUUGGUCAAGUGAUCUUUAUAAUCCAUGUCCUGGUGUCUUAGAAAAUGUUCCAUCAAGUAAUAAUUAUCAAGGUGGUUUUGGUACUGCAUUGAUGACCAAGGUAAAAAAAAUAUUGUUUGGGUUUAAAGUAUCACUUCGUGUACAGGUACGAAAAGAUAUAAAAUGUUCCCUUUGCAUGCUACUAUACAUUCUGUGUUUGUAAAUUGUACAAUAUAUUGCUACAUCAUUGCGGAACGUGUAUUAAUACCUCUGCGACAUUCUUUCCAUAUCUAGUAGUAAGUUGCCUAGUACAGUAGUAGUAAGUUGCCUAGUACAGUAGUAGUAAGUAGCCUAGUACAGUAGUAGUAAGUUGCCUAGUACAGUAGUAGUAAGUAGCCUAGUACAGUAGUAGUAAGUAGCCUAGUACAGUAGUAGUAAGUAGCCUAGUACAGUAGUAGUAAGUAGCCUAGUACAGUAGUAGUAAGUUAGCCUAGUACAGUAGUAGUAAGUAGCCUAGUACAGUAGUAGUAAGUAGCCUAGUACAGUAGUAGUAAGUAGCCUAGUACAGUAGUAGUAAGUAGCCUAGUACAGUAGUAGUAAGUUGCCUAGUACAGUAGUAGUAAGUUAGAUAUACUACUAGAUAUCUAGUAGUACGCCUGCAAUAUAAGUUUAUAGUUGUUCUAUGGUCAGUUCAAGAUGAUUUUGGUAUACUAUUAAAUGAAUUUUUCGUUGUCUUCGUUCAACGUUCACUUUGUCGCCGCGAGAAUAUUUUGGGAUAAACGUAACCACCAAAGGCAUUAAUCUCUGUGUACUCGAUAGAGCAAUGGAUAGAAACUAGAGUAGAACAGGAUUCGUAUAAAUUUUUAACACAUGCAUGUUGCGAUUUCAUGCAUACCUAGCUUUAGAUUAUAUUGAUUGAAUACAUGCAGGGUUCGUAGCGGUCUUUGAUUUCCUUGAAAGUCUUUAAAUUUGAAUGCAGGUCUUUAAGGUCUUUGAAAAGUCUUUGAAUUGUGUGAAAAAGGGAAGAAAGUCUUUAAUAAUUAUGGGGUCCUGCUGCCUGAAUUUUUUGUUCGCGAACCUAUGAUGCAACAUCGGCUCUAUCUUAUUAUGGUUUAAUGCAUAUGCAACAUGCCAUAUAUCAUUUUGAAGCUUAUAACAUGCUCUAUACAAAUAUUAUCACAGAUGACCUCCCACGAAAAAACUUAAAUGUAUAACAACCUUGCAAACCAGAAAAGUGAAUUUUUGACUGUCUAUAUUUAAAAUCUAUCUAGUCAAAAUCUAAGCAUCCAAACUUGAUGAAUUUAAGUUGAGUAAUAGAUUACAUCCCUGUGAGCAAAAUAAUGGAUGCUUUUUGUCUAACUCUCUAUUUUGUUGCCAUGCCAACAAGUAUUAGGUAAGGAUCUUGCUCAUCAAUACUAAUUUUGGUGUAGAACAUUCAAUUUUGAUCAGAGUGUAAAAAGCAUCCAUUAAUUUGUGCAGAAACAUCCAAAGAACAAUCUCAGAAAAAAUCAGCAAGAUUGGUUAAAUACUCUUUGAGAAGAUAGGAUUUAAGUAACGGCUGCUAGCCAAAGUACGGUUUUGGGGAAAACGCCAUUUAAAGUUAGUAAACAAUCUUGCUAGUGUUUUCUGAUGUUUGGGUGAUUGGUACCUGUCCAAAGUCAACGCUUAUCAUUGCAAGAAUGCCACAGUCACUUUUCUUGAUUUCUAUUGGCAAAUUGAGCCAAUGGUACAUCACCAGUGUCAUUAGACUCAUCAUAAUGAGCAAAUCUGGCUAACGGAUGGUCAUCUUAAUCAUCAAAGUCAUCUUCAUCAUCACCCACCGUACCAAGUGGCAUAUUCAGGAGAAUCUUCACCAAGAUCCUUCUUUGCUGAUGUACACUCUGAGCACAGCUUCAACUCAAAAGCGAAAUCAAGCACCUCGCCAGUUUUAACCGAGAUGACAAAACCAAGCCCGAUAUUAGCUGUGUAUCCUCGUUUGGACCACAUACCGUCAUAGCUCACCGCAAUCUCUGCGACAUCAGUUUCAUCAGAGCGAUCACUUUGUUUCUCGCCUUCUGUAACUGUUCCGUAACAGCUUUCUUGUGGGCCACACACAGUGCAGCAACAUGUUGGUACCAAACUUUAUGAUGGCACGGGGGGGGGGGCAUAUUGAAAAUAUCACACAUAACUGACAUAGCCUCUCUUCCUACACCCAUCACCAUUCCUGAGUAAACCAUAUGCCUGUUUGUAUCCAUGGUAUUUUGGGGUUUCUACACUUGGCUGUUGUUCCCAGAGGUUUGAAGCUGGAUCUUGACGUCGCAUUUGGAAGACUAGAGACAUUGAUCACUGACUCGUUACCUUUCAUACUGUCAUACAGAAGCAAGCACUGGUGUGCACGCUGUUGUUUGAAUUUGAUGUGUCAACAUCCCAUCGACUCUGGCCACAAAAUUGCCACAUUUUUAUACUUUUGGCAUUGCAAAGAAAAUAUAAUCUCUAAGAGACUAUUUUCAGAUACCAACAAGCAACAAAAUAAAAUAAAAUACAACCAAAGUGUGAAUCUUUGAUGUGUUUUCAGCUCGAUAUAGCAAUGUUUUCGAACAGUGAAGAAAAAUGGGCUAUCCAUUUAAUAUCCGUACCCCCCCCCCUGUCGAGGAUCCCUGGAAUUCUUCAGGGGUAAAGGGUUUUGAGCUUGGAAUUCUUCAGGGGCAAAGUGUUUUGAGCUUGGAAUUCUUCAGGGGUAAAGUGUUUUGAGUUUGGAAUUCUUCAGGGGUAAAUGGUUUUGAGCUUGGAAUUCUUCAGGGGUAAAGGGUUUUGAGCUUGGAAUUCUUCAGGGGUAAAGAGGUUUGAGAUUGAAAUUUUUCAGAGCUCAGUGGUAAAAGGUUUUGAGCUUGGAAUUCUUCAGGGAUAAAGAGUUUUGAGCUUGGAAUUUUGGAAUUCUUCAGGGGUAAACAGUUUUGAGCUUGGAAUUCUUCUGGGGUAUGACAAUGAAAAACAUGUAUCCUCGACAGGGGGGUACGGAUAUUAAAUGGAAUAGCCCAAUGUGGUCUAGAAUAGCUAUGCGGCCAGGCCUUAACUUGUUACCAGUCCCUCAGGUUGUGGAUUUACAUAAUCAGCAAAAAAAAUUAAAACCGCCCACAAACAACCAAGAAACAAGGCAUAACAAAUAAAAUACACUAACCCGUUUCCAUGGCAACGUGAAAAAUGGUUGCCUACCCUUUCAAAAAGAUGAAAUUCUGUGAGAAAGCAAAGUUCUAUCAGGCCUAUUUUUGCUUUCACAGACAUCUACACAUACUAAUGAUGAUUUUAAGACCAAAAAAAAAUUUGAAUUUUUAAAAAUUCUUUUGGUAGCAGGACCCCUUAUUAAUUAAGAGUCUUUAAAUUCUUUAGUGAGGAAUUGACUAUACGAUUUCCUGGCUAAUAAAAUAGAUUGAUUGAAGCAAGAUUUUCGCAAAUAUCGAUGAAAAGGCGCAUUUUAGGAUGUGAUUUGACUGGACUAAUUACUGUGUAAAAAUGGUGCUUACACUCGCAAUUUUUCGACAGCUAAUUGCUCUCAAAGGGCUUUGAAAAGUCUUUGAAAAUAGGCAGAAAAAAUCUUUGAAAGUCUUUGAAUUGUUUUGGUCUUGGAGACUACGAACCCUGACAUGUAUAUACCGAUAUCGCAGUAAUGUAUUUCUAAUUAUUUUAAAGUUAAACUUUAUAAAUUUCUGCUUUGUGUAUAGGAUUUAGGUUUGGCUCAAGAAGCAGCUACAGGCACAAAAUCUGCCACACCUCUAGGAUCAGUAGCUCAUCAAAUAUACCGAAUAAUGUGCAACCGUGGGUAUGGACAUUUAGACUUCUCAUCCGCUUACAAAUUCAUCAAAGAAGAUGAGUGAUUGAAUUGUAAUUAUAUUAGAGCCUGUGUACAUGAUCCUGGUUUGCCAAGAUAGGACGCGGGGGAUUUUGAUGUGUUAAAAUAACUCAUUGUUCAUGAUUCAGCAAAACAGCGUUUUUUUCUUAGUAAUGUCAGAAUAAUCACAGACGAAUAUGGUUUUUAAGCAGCUUUGACAUAAUCUUUCUAAACUAUAGGAUCUCAACAGCAUUUCAGUUCCUUGAAUUGCAGUGUAACUUUUCGCUUAGUGCGUUAGUUAUUUCACCACAUACAGUGUAAAAUAUCACGCCUCUAUUACCGUCUCGCUUAGCCCAAUCAUGUAAACAGCCUAUAGUCUUAGAUAUAUUUACCCAACAAUCAUGUGUUGCACGAUACUGGAUAUUACAUAUUAUAGUCUCCGUUGUAGCUAACCUGACGGCAUCCAGGGAAUGUGAUCUAUAGAAUUUACUGGUAAAGUGACCCUACUGUAUUUAAGAAAUUGACAUAAUCAAUAAGACAAUAUAUAAUUGUAAUAGACGUUCUGGGUUCUGUUCUGGAGGAACAGAAUUCGAACAAUAUGCAUGUAUCAUUUUAUUCAUUUACAGCUGAAACUUAACUUAAUGUAUUUCCAGAUCUGUAUUUGCAAUCAAGUAAUAUAUUUGACUCUGGAACUAAGAUUUAAAUCCAUUAAUCAUCAUUAUAGCCG